GUGCACGCGUCGUAAUGCCAAGUUUAAAGCGUUAUUUUAAUUCAACGUAGGCUUUUUUGAAACGUACUUAAAUAAUAUUUGGCGUGUUGUUUAAUUGCUAAGUCAGUCUGUGAAGCUGGUUGUUCCAAAUCGGAGAUUCGUGUGCAGGAUGAGACCUAUAAUUGUGCUGUGCAUGCUGCCUGUGCUGGCUGUGCAGUACGUGCACAAGGAGGAACUACCCCCAAAAUUCCAACAAGUUCUCGAAAACAGUCCGGAAUUUCUUAUCGAUAAAAAAAAUGAUAUAGAAAUAGCUGUAAUAGGGCCAUUAAGUAAAAUGUUAAAAAUCUACGGACCAGGCGUUUACGUGUCAGAAAUUAGCCAGCGUAUUAAAGUGGUACCACUUGCCAAACGCCCACCACAUACAACGCAGCAACACACGCUACCAUCAGGUCGGAAACCGCUUCAACCACGACCACCGUAUCAAAAGCCUCUCGACCAGAGAAAAAAGACUUUGAGACCGGGGUACCAACAGGCUCUACUUCAGAGACAAAAUAAUCAGAAGACCCUGGAUCAGAGACGAAAGGUCCCGAGACUGGGGUAUCAAAAGUCUCUCGAUCAGAGAGGAAAGGUUAUGAGACUGGCGAAUCAGAGGCCAUUACUGCAGAGGCGAAAGUAUCAGAUGCUACCGUAUCGGAGGUUACAGACUCCGAAUUUGAGAAGACAGUCUCAAUCACGGCAUAGGAGACCUGGUCAUCGCAAUCACACACUUCAUAGAUCGUAAUCAUCAUCGAUAUAU